AUGGAUCCAAUCAAGUAUGUCUUUGAAAGCCCAUUCAUACCAGGGAGGAUAGCAAAGUGGCAAGUCAUACUUUCACAAUAUGACAUUGUUUACAUGAUAAGGAAAGCAAUAAAAGGGAGUGUGAUAGUAGAUCUCCUGGCAGAAAACCCGAUUGAUGACUAUGAAACUUUGAAUUUUGAAUUCCUUAAUGAACAUAUUAAUACAAUAGAUGAAGAAACAGAGGGGCAAGGUGAUGUAUGGCAAAUGUAUUUCGAUGGAGUAGUCAACCUCUCUGGUAGUGGAAUUAGAGUAGUAUUAGUAUCCCCGAAUGGGAAACACUUCCCGAUAAUAGUCACGCUGAUAUUUAAGUGCACUAAUAAUGUUGCUGAAUAUGAAACUUAUGUAAGUGGCUUGCAGGCAGCAAUAGAGAUAAAGGUGAAGAAAUUAGAAGUGUAUGAAGAUUCAGCUUUAAUAAUCUACCAAAUGAAGGGAGAAUGGCAUACUAAAGAUCCUAAACUAAUUUCAUAUCAGAAAUAUCUCGAUGAGCUAAUUAAGAAGUUCGAGAAAAUUUCUUUUACUCAUUUUGGUCAUGAUAAGAACCAAUUCGCAGAUGCUUUAGCCACAUUAGCAGUUAUGACUCAAAUAGAAGAAGGGAAAAGAGUGCAAUUAUUGUUGAUAAAAUUGAGGGAUGAGUCAGCAUACUACCUUAUGAUUAAAGAGGAGAUAGAUGGGAAACCUUGGUAUCAUGACAUUCAGCAGUACAUCAAAACUAGAGAAUACCCACCAGGGGCAAGUAAGAAUGAAAGAAGGAUGAUCAGAAUAUUAGUGUUAGGAUAUGGCCUCCAUGGUGACAUUAUCACUGAUAAUGCUAAAAAUUUGAAUGGUUCAAAUGUCCAAAAGUUGUGUGAUCAGUAUAAGAUCCGUUACCUCAAUUCAUCACAUUAUCGACCUCAAAUGAAUGGAGCUAUCAAAGCUACAAAUAAGAAUCUCAAAUGA